UGGAAAAGAAACUACAUAUAGUGGGGUAUAUAUAGGGCUACAUAUAGUGGAUUAUAUUGGUAUUUUUGUAGACUAGUGGACUUAUGGGCUAUGAAGUUUAGAAAUAGACUAGAUGGGUUUUGAAACUGCUAUAGUGGACUGAUGGAAAAUUCUCCCUAAAAAAAAUGGAGUAAUAUUUUUCUUGUAUUCGAUUAAUGACUAGAUUCGAAACGGGCACAUCAGAUUUCUCUGCCCUAAUACUUACAAUUACAUUGGGGGAAAAACACCCACAGAAACAGAAUUAGUAAUAUGUGUGGACUUUAUGAUGAUCUAUGAUGCACGAGUACUUCGGAAAUGUCGUCGUACGUGCACUAGGGUACGGGUACGGCGUCGGUACGGCAAAAUCGUAUCGGAUACUUUUGGUAUAUUUGGGUAUGGCAAGGAUAUUCUGUCGAGCUCAAGCCUCAAGCCACGGCGACGACAUCGAUCGAUCUGGGUCUCCAAAUCUUGGUACAGUUACGGAAUAGGGGAGGAGAUAGAAGCCGAGAAACAUGUUAACUACAUUUUAUCCGUAGGGAAGAAGAACGAUUUUGAAUCUGUGGUGAUGCAACACACACGGAUCAAUGGUGCAUACUGGGGGCUGACCACUCUGGAUCUUUUGGGGAAGAUUGGUGCAGUGGAUUCUAAGGAAGUUGUUUCAUGGGUCUUGGAGUGCCAACAUGAAUCGGGUGGAUUUGGUGGUAACAUUGGGCAUGACCCGCAUAUACUGUAUACCCUCAGUGUUGUACAGAUUUUAGCCCUUUUUGACAAGAUAAAUGUACUUGACAUUGACAAGGUGUCAAACUAUAUCCUUCAGCAUCUAGUUUUGUUGUUGUCAGAUAUUUCCGUACAUAUUGAUCCAUUUUCUCAAUCAUAUUACCAUCAGUUCGUAUGAGCUAUAA